UGCAACACUGCAACUUAUUCAUGCAUGUAUGAGUAUGUCGUAUGUGUGUGUGAGAGGAGUGACAAAGAGCGAAGUUUUCUAAAUGACACAUCGCGUUGCUGGAGGAGGUGUGGUUGAAAAUUUAUAAACUUGGCUGUUUAUCAAACGUAAAAUUCAUUUGCAAGUGCUGUGUAACUUGAGCUUAAAGUGUAAUUCAUCGCGCUCCAUAGUUAACUAGAAGCAAAUCCUCAAGACACGAUGACAGGCAGGCUACCGGCAUGCGUAAUUGAUGUGGGCACCGGGUACUCGAAACUGGGUUUUGCUGGCAACAAGGAGCCCCAGUUCAUAAUUCCCUCUGCAAUUGCGAUUAAGGAGUCCGCUCGUGUUGGUGACAACAAUGCGCGACGCAUCACAAAAGGUAUCGAGGACUUGGACUUUUUUAUCGGUGACGAAGCCUUCGAUGCCACCGGCUAUUCCAUUAAAUAUCCAGUGCGACAUGGAUUGGUGGAAGAUUGGGAUUUGAUGGAACGGUUUCUGGAGCAAUGCGUCUUCAAGUAUUUACGUGCGGAGCCAGAGGAUCAUUAUUUCCUGUUGACAGAGCCGCCGCUUAAUACGCCCGAGAAUCGUGAAUACACUGCCGAAAUCAUGUUUGAGACAUUCAAUGUUCCUGGUCUCUAUAUUGCGGUGCAGGCGGUGUUAGCUUUGGCUGCCAGUUGGGCAUCCAGAUCCGCCGAGGAGCGCACACUGACUGGUAUUGUGGUGGACAGUGGUGAUGGUGUGACGCACGUCAUACCUGUGGCGGAAGGUUAUGUGAUUGGAUCGUGCAUUAAGCAUAUACCGAUUGCUGGCCGCAACAUUACAUCGUUUAUUCAAAGUUUGCUGCGUGAACGCGAGGUGGGCAUACCGCCGGAACAGAGCCUCGAAACUGCCAAAGCGAUCAAAGAGAAGCAUUGCUACAUUUGUCCAGACAUUGCCAAAGAGUUUGCCAAGUAUGAUACGGAGCCAAACAAAUGGAUUCGCAAUUAUACCGGCCUCAAUACCGUCACCAAGCAACCCUUCAAUGUCGAUGUGGGCUAUGAACGUUUUCUCGGUCCAGAAAUCUUCUUCCAUCCCGAAUUUUCCAACCCAGACUUUACCAUACCGCUGUCAGAGAUUGUUGACAAUGUCAUACAAAACUGUCCCAUUGAUGUGCGGCGUCCACUCUACAACAAUAUUGUAUUGAGCGGUGGCUCGACUAUGUUCAAGGACUUUGGCCGACGUUUACAACGCGACAUUAAGAGAUCGGUGGACACACGCUUGCGUAUUAGCGAAAACCUGUCGGAGGGUCGCAUUAAGCCAAAACCAAUCGAUGUGCAGGUGGUAACGCAUCAUAUGCAGCGUUAUGCUGUUUGGUUUGGAGGCAGCAUGUUGGCCUCAACGCCGGAGUUCUAUCAGGUGUGUCACACUAAGGCUGCCUAUGAGGAAUACGGACCCAGCAUCUGCCGUCAUAAUCCUGUCUUUGGUACCAUGACAUAAUCAUAAUCGUUUUGAUGUAAAAAGUGGCAGAUACAACACAGAUUAAUGCCGCGCCUUAACCUAUUAUUAUUUUGUCGUUUUUCAAGUUUUGUUUUCUAUGUAUUUCUAUAUAUAUAUGCGAUCACGUAUUCCACGCUAUAGUAUUGCUUAGCCGUUAGUAAUGAUUUUCUGUGUUAAGCUCUAAAGUUGUCUAAAACGUAUUUUGUAUAUCAAUAGCAAUACGGAAAAAUUAAUCAUUUUGGCCAAAUAUCUUUAAUUUCAAGUGUGAUUCGGAUUCUGACUUUUGAAUUAAGCUAAAAGACCUAUACACAAACAGCAACAACAACAAGAACAACAACCAAAUGUCUGCCAGUUGAACUUUUUAUAAGGUGCAUUACUUCUACAAGAUUAUCAUAAUUAUACACUUUUAUACACAUACAAACACACACAUACACACACCAAACGGCGCUUCAUUGAAUACCGAUCUAAACCUAAACCCAAUUAUAUAUAAAUAUAAAAAAUUGAACUUGUCGUAGUAAUAUUUACAUAUAUUGCAAUAACCGCAAAAUGAUUGAUUACAUGUAAAAGAAGUGAAAACAUGAAAACUAAUAUUGAUGAAAAAAUCUGUUUGUUAUAAUUGAUAAGCGUAAAAACUGAAGGCAUUCAUAAAAAUCAAUAAAACAUUCUUUAAGCUAAAGGUGAAAUACAUGUUUCAGUUUCAAUGACACCAUUGCAUUUAUUUUACUUUUUUUUGUUCUAAAGCUUUGACAAGAAAUUUGAUUAAUGCAUUACAUAGGUUUUGUUUUGUUGAAUACACAGGUGUAAUAAACAUUACUUAAAUAUUCAAAUUUUUUGUGACUGGCGCAUAUAAUAAGCGUAAGAGGAGAACAACAAUGUGUUUUUAAAAAACACUCGAAGAGCGCUGCUCUAAGGACGACGCUGCCCAAGAAGCGAUGCCUGGAUGCAAUUACAAAUAGUAAACUGUUUUUAUCCUUUUUGGUUUUUUUUUUUUCUUGAUAGAAAAUGUCGUGCAAGUUAUCGUCUUUAAGUAGCUGUGAGGGGAUUAAUAAUAAUAUAAUAUGUGAUAAGCAUGAAUAUAUUUGCUGGCCAGGACUGUGGACUACUCUAAUCCACAUAGUCGCUGGAUCCUUCCUCUUCGUCAUCAUUGCUGCUACUCGAAUGGGCAACGGCUGUUUCAGGUGCUCUCAACGUUUCAGCUGUGCGAAAG